GCUUCUUCUGCCAUUCUGUCACAAGUAACAAGUAACUAUUGUUGUCACACAUUUUACAUACCGCCAUCAUUCUUGACCAGAUAAUGUCUUCCACAAAUGACUGGAUGAACAACCCUCUGGGUGUUGUUGAAGAGUUGUUCGGUUCACCUUCAGCAACAUUGCGUUACCCUUCGUGGAAUAAACAAGUUAAGUUUUGACGAGCAUCAUCUGCACAUCUGACAGUACAUUAUGAGGCAUUCACGGAGCCAUCCACAUUGUCUAUAUUGUAGUUAGUAUAUAUGUAACCUACUGUAUAUAUACAUCGUGCAUAUUGCGAAGAAAUAACAAUUAUUGUCACGGACCAUCUUUCUAUGCAUUUUUUACGUUUUCAUAUUAGACACUUAGGUGGUUUCUUACAUUUUAUUUAUGGGUACAUUAUGAUAAACAUUCAUUUACCUGUGAUAAGUGCUGGUUUACCAAAAAAAAUCAAAACUGCACAGAGGUUCAAACGGAGAUCUUCAGACUGUGAGGCCAACAAGCAAUGAAUGAAUAAGAAUAUGGUGUUGAUAUUUCAGCUGCAUCGCAAAACAACCACAAUUCUGGAUGGGAAGCAAAAUUGGUCGAAUUCUUCAAAGAUCGUCUUAAAGAAAAGGAUGCUCACUCAUGGGUUCCAUCUAUGAACAACAUCCCAUUGCACUACUUGAAGCCCAACAGCCUGGUCAAGUUUCGCUGUUUAAUUCAGGACAUGUUUGACCCAGAGUUUUACAUGGGAGUGUAUGAGACUGUUGAUCCAUCUUCACAAGCUAAAGUGUUGAGGUGUGGGAAGUACAGAGAUGUGGCAGAAUGUGGGGUGGAUUUUAAUUCCAAAAAUAUUGUUACGGCUGAAAGACAGACAUUCUACUGUGUACCUGUUCCUGGUGAGAACUCCUGGGUGAAAGAGAGUUAUGCUGGCUCCAGUCAAGCAAGAGUGCAACCGUCCACCUCGUAUGUGCCGAGUAGACAGAAGCGCAGCUAUGAGGAAGAUGAUGACAUGGACGGCGUGGACGCUCAGCCACAGAAACAGAGGGAACCUCACACAGGUCUUCAGAUUCCCUCGGAAGAACGCAGCACCAGGGAGGCUCACCGGCAGGAGGCUGAAGCUUCUCCCAGCCAGAUGCCGUCUGCUACGUAUCUCAACCUCAACUUCCCUCUACCAGGCGAGAAAGGCCCUUCUUGCUUAGUCAAGGUCUACGAGGACUGGGACAGUUUCAAACUGAAUGAGACCAUAGAAGUCUACGGAAUCCUCUCAGUGAGUCCUGCCCUUAGUGCUCUGGCAGAAGACAGGGACGCGUUCUCAUCCCUGAUAGACCCCUCCGAGUCAAUGGAAACGGUGGAGGAGCAGAGAGUGCACAGCCCACCCGCCUCACUCGUUCCUCGCCUCCACAUGCUCUACGCCAAACCACUAGCACACAACAACCCUCUACUGCCCUCUGCCACCUUGCCGGACGACAGUGCCUUUUUAUCUUCAACCCUGAGUGAGAUGGCAUCUGUCAGGGCAGACUUCCUGACAUAUUUAACGCAUGUCCUUCUGGGAGAUUCCCUGGCAGCUGAGUACCUCAUACUGCAUCUCAUUUCCAACGUGUAUGCAAGGCGGGAUGUGUUACCACUGGGCAAGUUCACCCUGAACCUGAGUGGGUGUCCCACUGUCUCCUCAUACACUGAACGUCUCUACCAGGUCAUCCAACAACUUGUUCCCUCUUCGUUCUAUCUGGGCAUGAGCCUUCAGAACAUGAAUCAAAUGAGUCUGGUGCCGAAGAAGGACUAUGUAGCCAACCGGCUGGUAAGUGGAGCCUUGCAGCUGGCCAGAAACACUUCUCUCUUCCUGGAUGAAACCCAGCUGGAGCAGGGACAGCUGGACACAACAGGUGUGCGCAAUGUCACAGCUUUGGGCAAUCUGAUCUCUUGGCAGAAGGUUGAUUAUGACUUUAACUACCACCAGAUGGAAUUCCCCUGCAAUAUUAACGUGCUCGUCGCAUCAGAGGGCCGCUCACUGCUGCCGUCAGACUGUCAGAUACACCUGCAGCCUCAAGUCGCCCCAGCACACAUGGAUGAGCACCUCAGUAGCAUCUCCAUACAUAUGCAGACUUCCUCACAGCUCAACAAGUUCCGACUCUACCUGAGCGUGGCCCGGCUGCUGGACUACAGUAUCUCUGAUGAAGUGACCAAGUCAGUUGAGGAUGACUUUGUAGACAUGAGGAAAGACGAUCCCCACAGUGUCACUGCUGAGGACCUGCACCGAAUGCUUGUUGUGGCAAGGUUGCUGUCACUGAGCCUGGGACAGACCUCUCUGACCAGAGACAUCUGGCUGAAGGCUAAACACAUGGAGAUGCAGCGAAGUUGCAGGAUGGAGCAGCACAAGAGUGUCAACGGAAAUGAGCCAUAAUUGUUGAGAGCAACAAAUGAAGUGGCCGUUUAUCUUUUUGAUACUUACUUAGCAUAUCUUUGUCAUAAAAAUGAGUUGUCAUUGUGCCUCACUGUCAUAGCCUGCUGUCGCUACUUUAGUAGCAGCACACAGCAGUGUGUCUGUGCACAAUCUGCAGUGGGAUCAUUUUCUACAAAUGUAAAUAAAGUUGUGUUACA